AUGUGGUUGGCUGCAUCGAUGGUCAAUGCCAGGGUAUCGGAUUUCAAUAAGUCACCGAGGUUCCUCAUUAGUAGUCACCAUCGCCCUGGCCAUCAGUCUUGCGACCAUGAUGCCUGUGCCGGUGCUGAGCCAGGUGUUGAUCCACGAAGUGGUGCAUCCAACGAGGAAUACGGUCAUUUUAAACAGAGUUGUGUUAUCGACAUUAUCGACUACGACAAUGAAGAGGCCCGGUUUGCAAGGAUGGGGAAUGACCAAUUCAUUCGUCAAAUGUCGGAGAAGUCGCCAAAAAGCGGGAAUACGACUCCAGACAGCGAUCCCUCUGCCCCACCACUCGCCGUUCGAUGGAUUAACAUUGGAGGCAUAGACUGGAACGUUCUCAGAGCUGUUGCUCUCAAAUAUGAGUUGCACUCCCUGGCUCUCGAAGAUAUUCUUCACGAGAGCGGCCACAACCACUCGAAGGCGGAUUACUACCCCGAACAUCUCUUCAUCAGGAUUCUGUGUCAUGUAUUGGCAGACCCUGAUGAUGACGAUUUCGAGCCGUACGAGGAACCUCCACCUCUUCCUCUCGAAGUUGAGGUCGAGAUGCCGACCUCACCGAAACAAGCUGCAUCGGGCGAGGGCCCACCCCGGCGAACGUUCUCGGUUGUGAGCGACAGUGGGCUUGGACUACGGAGCGCCAGUACAGCGAUCGCCUCAGAGUUGAACACCCUCGCCAAAACUGAUCCUAUACCGGCCUCUGAGCCAGAUUCGAACCCAGGUGUAAAAGACGAAUCUGAUACGGAGACUCCUGAACAACCAAGGAAGUCGCGUCGUAGAGGUCUUGUCACAAGGGCCAGAAAUGCACUUCGGAAGAGGUUUACAGCACUCAGUGGCUUUCCUAGCCCCGCUAGGCGGGAAUUGAUUGUGCGCAUCCGUGAGCUAAAAAAGGAUUUCAGAGUGAAUAUCAAACACCAACCGCUGUUCAUUUUCCUUCUCAGAAAUGGAACCGUUAUCUCCAUCCAUCCCUCUCCCAAUCUAGAAUACUCAGUACCCAUCGUCGACCGGUUACACCAAGCAGAUUCCGUUCUGAGGGAAUCCAAUGAUGCAUCUCUUCUCGUUCAAAGUCUGAUCGAUCUAGUCGUGGACCGUAUAUUGGAGAUGAUGGACGAGUACCAGGCAAAAAUUCAUGACUUGGAGCAUCAAAUACUCAUGAACCCAAGCAUGAACGCCGUUCGAUACUUGCAUAUCCUAUCUGGCGAUCUUAUCAUGCACAGAAGAACAUUAGACCCCAUCAAGACAAUGAUUUUCGGUCUGCGGAAGUACGAUUUAGACAGGUGUAUUGCCUUGGCAGAUAAUCUGGCCAUGGCGAAACAACAGCAAGACGCGUUAGAGGCCAAGAGAAGACAUAAGAGACGGAAGCACGGAUGGCUUCCUGGAGCGAGCACGCAGUUUACUACCACCGGCUCCAAAGUAGAGGCAUUUGCGAAUCUGGAGCCAAGCCAUAUCCAUGACCUUCACCGUGAUCUAAGAGAGGGUCAUAUCAAGACCGACGACGACCACUUGCGAGAGUUUAUGAAGCAGGGGGGUCCAGGAGCCAUCCCGCACGUCGAGGUUCAAGGGUAUUUCAGCUAUAAAGCCAAGGUUUACUUGGCGGAUGUUUACGACCAUAUGGAUUUCGCAUUAACAAGCCUGGACAUGUUUUCUGGUAUCUCAGAAAACUUGAUCAAUUUUGCUUUUAAUAUGGCAUCUUAUGAAAUGAACACGGUGAUGAGCCGCCUGACUCUGGUGUCUAUCGUCUUCCUCCCUCUGACUCUCCUCACCGGCUACUUCGGAAUGAACUUCCAGCCGUUCUGGAGCGUAGAUGAGAACUCGGAUAAAUUGCAAGUCAAGUCCCGUCGUUCUCUGCUCUUCUGGAAGGUCGCGGUUCCCAUGAUGGCUUGCCUGAUUCCUCUUUUCAUGUUUGACGAGCUCAAGAAGUUCUUCAUCUACUUGAAGCGACGGUGGCAAGACCGACAAGCCGUCAGACAUUUAUUGAGGGAACUUCGAGGAUCGAAUGCACAAGCCUAUUUCGAUCUUCAGGCAUAA